GAUCCGCGCGGGGAGGGGACGGUGCGCUCGGCGUCCCGCGUCCGCCCAAGUCCCGGCCCAGCCUCGCACAGCAGCCGCCGCCACCGUGCGCCCCGUGGCCCCAGCUCGCCAGCGCCCGCCCCCGGCUCGGCCUAAGCGCUGGGCCCCCAGGGGUGCAGCCGCCACGUGCCCGCCUGCGAGGCUGCAGGCCACAGGCCCCCGGAGAGGAGCAGACACCUGCAUUUGCCACAAUGCUGUCCUCCAGUGACUUUGCCUCUGCUUCUUGGGACCUCGUGGUCCACAUUGCCCAUCCAAAUGAAGAGGAGCAGAAAGAUGUGACGCUAAGAGUGUCUGGAGACCUUCAUAUUGGGGGAGUGAUGCUCAAGUUAGUAGAACAGAUCAACAUAUCCCAAGAUUGGUCAGACUUUGCCCUUUGGUGGGAACAAAAAAACUGCUGGCUUCUGAAAACGCACUGGACUCUGGACAAAUGUGGAGUCCAGGCAGAUGCAAAGCUUCUCUUUACCCCUCAGCAUAAAAUGCUUCGCCUCCGCUUGCCAAACAUGAAGACAGUGAGAUUGCGAGUCAGCUUCUCAGCUGUUGUUUUUAAAGCAGUCAGUGACAUCUGCAAAAUCCUGAAUAUUAGAAGAUCAGAAGAACUUUCUUUAUUAAAACCUUCUGGUGACCCUUUUAAAAAGAAGAAGAAAAAAGACAAAAAUAAUAAGGAGCCCAUAAUUGAAGAUAUUUUAAACCUGGAGAGUUCUCCAACAAGUUCAGGUCCACCAGUAAGUCCUGGCUUAUACAGCAAAACCAUGACUCCCAUGUAUGACCCCAUCAACGGAACACCGGCUUCAUCCACCAUGACCUGGUUCAGCGACAGCCCUUUAACCGAACAAAACUGCAGCAUCCUUGCCGUCAGCCAGCCUCCCCCGACACCAGAAGUGCUUGCUGAUGUGUACCAGCCCCGGUCUCUGGUUGAUAAAGCCAAGCUUAAUGCAGGUUGGCUAGACUCCUCACGUUCCCUAAUGGAACAAGGCAUCCAGGAGGACGAGCAGCUGCUGUUACGAUUUAAAUACUACACUUUCUUUGACUUGAAUCCCAAAUAUGAUGCCGUCCGAAUAAACCAACUCUAUGAACAAGCCAGGUGGGCCAUCCUCUUAGAAGAAAUUGACUGCACAGAGGAAGAAAUGUUGAUCUUUGCAGCAUUACAGUAUCACAUUAGCAAACUGUCGCUGUCAGCUGACAUACAGGAUUUUGCAAAGGAGUCUGAGGUUGACGAAGUGGAAGCAGCGCUUUCUAAUCUGGAAGUGACCCUAGAAGGUGGAAAAGCCGACAACACUUUGGAGGACAUUACUGAUAUCCCUAAACUUGCAGAUAAUCUCAAAUUAUUUAGGCCCAAGAAGCUAAUAUUAAAAGCUUUCAAGCAAUAUUGGUUUGUCUUUAAAGACACAUCUAUAACCUACUUCAAAAAUAAGGAACUUGAACAAGGAGAACCAGUGGAAAAACUAAACCUUAGAGGCUGUGAAGUUGUGCCCGAUGUAAAUGUGGCAGGAAGAAAAUUUGGAAUCAAGUUACUAAUCCCUGUUGCUGAUGGUAUGAAUGAAGUAUAUCUGAGAUGUGAUCAUGAGAACCAAUACGCCCGAUGGAUGGCAGCCUGCGUUUUGGCUUCGAAGGGCAGAACCAUGGCAGACAGCUCCUACCAGCCAGAAGUCCUCAACAUCCUGUCAUUUCUGAGGAUGAAAAACCGGAACUCAACAUCUCAGGUGGCUUCCAGUCUCGAAAACAUGGACAUGACCCCAGAAUGUUUUGUGUCACCUCGGUGUGCAAAAAAACACAAAUCUAAACAGCUGGCAGCCCGAAUUCUGGAAGCCCAUCAGAAUGUGGCCCACAUGCCUCUGGUUGAAGCCAAGCUGCGGUUCAUCCAGGCAUGGCAGUCUCUACCUGAAUUCGGCCUCACCUACUACCUUGUCAGAUUUAAAGGAAUCAAGAAAGAUGACAUCUUGGGAAUUUCAUAUAAUAGGUUGAUUAGAAUUGAUGCAGCCAUCGGGGUUCCAAUUACAACAUGGAGAUUCACCAAUAUGAAACAGUGGAAUGUAAACUGGGAAAUCCGGCAGGUGGCAAUCGAGUUCGACCAGAACGUCUCCAUUGCAUUCACCUGCCUGAGUGCGAAUUGCAAGAUUGUGCAUGAGUACAUCGGGGGCUACAUUUUCUUGUCCACCCGCUCCAAGGACCAGAAUGAAACCCUCGAUGAGGACCUGUUCCACAAGCUGACGGGUGGCCAGGAAUGAAGCAAACCAAAUCUGCUGUGCCUACACACAGAGGGAGAGCCAAAGGCCCCACGGCUUGCACAGUGUGUAGAUUACAGACUGACAGACAACAUAACAUUGCCAGCGGUCACGCAGAUCCUCAGCUCAUUUCAAGCACACUGCCUAGCACAUACCUUUCCUUCCUUUGCCAUGAGCUACCAGUGGUGAAAGAGGCCUCAGUUGCCUUUUCUGCAAAAUGGAUGGGUAGGAGAGAGGCUAGUACUCUAAGACUGCUCCACGGCCCAGCAGGUAGCUACAGUUUCCUGACGGGCAAAACCUGCAGAGGCUCGAAGGUUGUCCGUGCACUUACCUGCUGCAUUUGCUCAGUCAGUGGGGAAACAGGGAGGUUAGAAGCAUGUGUACCAAGGACAAUCUUACUGGGAUACGAAAGAGAUAUGUCUUUCCUUAACUCCUUUUAGCUCCCAUCUUGUGAAAAUGGCAGGGAGAGUCCACACAUACACUUCCCCUGGAGGUCAUGAUCUGGGUGUGGAGAAGGAACAGGUGUGGCUACCAGGUGCCAGGUGGUGACAAGGGGUUAAAGCAGUGACCCUCAAUGUCAUUAGCUCACCGUGACUUCUCCUGAAGUGACCCUUGACCCAUCUGGUCUUGGAUAUUGGUCCCCUCAGGGCACUGCUGCUACCCACAGUCCUGUUCCAUUCCUGGGAGGUCUCAGCCACCUUUAAGUCCUUCUUGAUGGCAGAGGAGACACAGGGGUAAAGGGAGACCCAUUCCUCAACCCACCUCCAGGUCUUCAGUGCUUCUACUCUGGGUUGGGGUCCGGAAGAGGGGCCCAAUUCUCUGAGGUCAUACAGCCCACCUCUUUACAUCCAGGCUUCCAAUGAGGUCUCCAUCCCACUGGUCAAAGAAGGGCAGGACACAGGGAAGGCCCAUUCUCAAGGACCACCAUGGUCAAGGGCUGACAGUUUCCCCAGUGGCUUCUGCCUCUGGGGCCUCUGACUGGUCCGGGGAUAGGGAAGCCUUACUCUCAUCACUCCUCAAUCACUCUCCUACUGGAUUUGGUGACUGUUUACAUGACUCCUGGCCUUUCCCUUUGAAGGUCUUUGGCUUUUGAGAAUCAAAAGCUGAUAAUAGACUUUUGUUUUUUUCUCUGCUUUUUUCUGUCAUCUCUGCCUUGCGACAUGAGUGUGGGCCAAUCAACUGUCAUUUUCUGUUUUUUUUGUCAGCACUGGGAAGAGUGGGUUUUGAGAAGGUAAAGAAGCAACACCUGGGGUAGAGGGAAAUAACAGAUAAGCAUUUUAGUAUGUUUUUAUAAAUGUUCCUGUCACACAAAGGAUUUGUGUUCCAAGGGUAAGACUCUGCUCUGUUUCCAUUUUGAAGUUCCUUUAGGAUGCAGACUUCAAGGACCUGGCUGGAGUUCAGAUGCCUGAAAAUAUCUGCUGUUGCUUCAUUUUCUAAAAAAGCCAUUUGAGAAGACAGAGCUUUACAAUCCUGGAGCCACAUUGAGACAGCCUUGGCUAGGGAUCCCCAGGCCCUGAGCCAGGAGCCGUCACUGCACAUUUUUCCUUCAGUCUCUCCUUAGAGGUGGAUGUUAAUCAAGAUCUCACCCAGUUACCAGCUGAAUUUCUGAGGCCUAGGUUAAAGCCUGGAAGUGGCUUAGGCACUCGGGAAAUCUGGUCUGCAUCAUAUAAAACUUAGUUUGACCUGUUUCACGUAGAAACUAGUGCGGAGCAUACUGUGUUGCGCUUGGUGUUGGUCAUUUGUGUAUAGUCCUGGGUCUGUUAUUUUAAAACCUAAUCAGGUUUUGAGAUUAUGCUGGGCCCUAUAUUGAAAUAAUGCUCCUUCAUGUCACAUUUUACCUGUUUUAGCUCCACCAAACCUACCAAAGCAAAUGUUUUAGCUCCAUCAAACUUACCAAAGCAAAGCUUUCAAUACAACUCUGUCUUCCUUGGCUUUUCAUGAUUGUCUGACAUUUCCAUGAAUACACUCAAAGGAGGUGACUGGUUUUAGCCAAAUUCAGGGGCACACUUUUUCCAUGACUACACAGCCACAACCCAAAGGAAUAAACAAAUGUGACAAGAAAAUCUUAACUGCUGCUCUUCCUGAGAGCAACUUAAGGAAUUUUUUUUUUUUACAUUGGGCGCAAAAGGUCAUUGGAUUUUCUAUGACAAAAUUUUAAAUUAAUGUGUGCUUCAACCGUUUGCUUUCUUAUCCAGAAUAGAGGGGAAAUCUGCAUUUUUGUUUUAUUUUAUAUGACUUUUUUUAAUUAAAAGGUUUAAAUGGA